AUGCAGCUGACCAAGACACUGAUGCUGAUUGUAGCUGAAUGGACCAUUUGCCUGGCUUUACCUGUGCAGGUAUGUUUAUGUAUGUGGGAGCAGAAUAGAUUUGGGUGAUUUACAUAUCCCAUACUGCUAUCAUGCAGCUAUCACUGCUAUCAAUACAGAAAACAUUAAUGUUUAUUUGUUUCCCCACAGGUCAACAACAAUGCAAAUAGUGGUAAGUAUAAAAUUAAUACCUAGACCUGUAUAGUUAAUUAUUAAUAUGGUGCAUUUUAGUUAGUGAUGUUGGGAUCUUUCAUGAUUCUUUUAAGGUAUCAGUCAUAAGAAUUACCAUUUUCUACUGUUUAUUCAGUCAGAGAUUUCAGAUCACAAUGUUAGAAAAGGGUAAGUUUCGGGAUCUAAGCUUUUUUUUUUUUUCUCUUUUCUCCGGAAAACUAUCAAUGAUCUACGUAAAGAGAAUAAAACAGCUUUUGAAAUGAUAGAAGCUGCAAACAAAGGUGAGAUUUAAAAAAAAUACUCCAAGCUUUCUGACAAACGUAUGUUUUUAAGUGAAAUUUAUACUGCUUAUCAUAGGAGUGUGUUAAAGACAAUUGUAUCUAAUAAAUAAUAUGACAAAAUAGAUGAGAUGCAUGGAUUCAAUAGCUAGUGAAAUUUGGGUGUGAUUGAUCUCAUUAUUAUUUUUUUCAUCAUUGAAACUAGAAAAUAUGUACGUUAUGUAAUUACACUAUAAACAUAUUCUCUAUAUUUUGUAUCAUGGAAAGCAAUAUGACUUCUUUAUAAUGUAUCAAUUUGGGAAUUUGGAUAUCAAAUAAUGUUUAGUUAGUUAGGCAUCAACUUUAGGUUCACAUAUAAUCUGUUAGAAAUUCCCUUUUAGGAAAAAAACAAAACACAUAUGUUUUGCUAUAAAGUAUUCAUAGAAAAUUCACACUACAUAAAAUUUCCAGCUGUAUAGUAUAUUAAAAUCAAUCACCAUUAGCAUCUACAUCAUGGAAGCCAGGAACAUAUAGAGAUACAAACAAUGUUUCCUUCUCUCCUCUUUACUUACACUGUUUUCUCUGGCUUUGCCUUGUCUGGCCAGGAUUAUAGGUGAUUUUAUUCAAAGAUGUUAAUUCCAGAGAAGUAACAGUUCUCCUUUAACGCUUAACCCCUCCAAUACCCAAAUAAGUUAUAAACAUAUUAUUUUCAUGUAUUUUGCAAAAUGAAAUCAAGUCCAUAAAGCACAACUCAUCCUCAUUUAUAGUUUAGACCUGAUUACCAGCCUAUAUAGAAAUUGAUUUAUCUGCCAGCAGCCACUAGUCAUUGAUGUAAUGCCUGUAAAUUUUCAGAAAAUAUAAAUUAAUUGGAUGCUUUCAAAAAGUGAAUGCAAUUUUAAUGUGUCAUAUUAUUUCUACAGUUAGGGUGGGGGUGGGGGUGGGGGUGGAGUUAAUAGACUCUCCCAACUGCUAAUGACUGCUAUAAGAAAUACAUUAUUUAACUAUAUAUACCUUAUGCCAAAAUACACCUGUUCUUUUUACAUUCUAUUGCCAUUUUUACUAAUCUAUACUGCUAGCAAUGCCUUCAGGGUCCUUAAAAAAACAUUCGCAAGGUAUUUUACUAUUUUUAUUUAUCUAUUUUGUCAUGUCUACUGUAUGUGUGAAGUUUACAUUUUUGGUUUUAUGCUAACUUUUAAGACCUUUUUUGAAAUAUUGCAAGAUAAAGGACACUGCAUCCUGUCCAAAGCUUUUAAUUUCCCCCCUUUUUUUUUUAUAAUUUACUUAUUUUUUUAAAGGAACACUAUUGUGUUAGGAAAACAAACCUCUAUUCUUAAUGCUAUAGUGUCCCUCUCCCUAGCUCUAAAUAGCCCCCUGGCUUGUUUGGCAUAAAAAUGUAUGUCUUAUUCUCCUUUUUGCAGCACAGAGGCUUCUUAGGAGCUGCUCUCCUCUCCUCUUCCCACGUCAUUAUUGAGGAAGCAUGGCCUCCAUUGGUGAGGUCCAAUCCAAUGUUACUCAUAGAGGAGCAUUGGGGACCUAAUACACAUGAGCGUUAAAUCAAUCCUUUUCUAUUUGGUUUCCCCAUCACUGUCUGUGUGGCAGAAGCAUUUCUAGUGGUUGUCAUUCUGACAGACACUAGAGCUGGACUUAACUUUGCAACAUAAACAUUGCAGUUUCUUAAAAAAAAAAAAUUGCAGUGUUUUACAAUGUCAAGUUAAGAGAACAGGUACACUGCACCCAGACCAUUUCAUUGAGAUGAAGUAUACUAUAGGGCCCAUUUAAGUUUAUCUGUACAAAAGUGUUAUUAUAUGCUUAUAUGCAAGCUAUGCAUCUCGUACCUCAAAUAAAUGUUAUGCUAAUAUGUUUUUUUUAUCAAAAAUGUAUUGGUAGUGAAGGACUGUUUUAUGAAACUGAUCCAUUUUAAAUGUAGGAAUUGGCAGAACUCUAAUUGAUGGGAAUGUUAGCUUUAAACUUGCAUCUUAAUAUUUUAAAAAUAGUGCAGAAUUCCUGCUAAUGGUUGACACUAUUAAGAAACAAAAUACUAAAUAGAAACAAGAACUAGAAUCAUUUAGCUUAUCAAUGUGCUCACUACAGGUCCAGAUUAAGAUCCAAUGGGGCCCUAUGCAGGUUACCAGUUUGGGAUCCCCCUUUAUUUACAUAGUUAAUUAGUUACAUAUUAACAUAGCUGAAAAGAGACUUGUUUCCAUCAAGUUCAGCCUUACUCACAGAUGUUUUUGCUGUUGAUCCAAAAGAAGGCAAAAAUCCCAGUCUGAAGUGCUCCCAAUUUUGCAACUAACUAGGAAAAUAUUAAUUCAUGACCCCAAAAUGGCAGUCAGAUAUCUCAUUGGAUCAAACAGCUAUUACCCCACUAAUUAAAACAAAUAUAUCCCUGUAUGUUAUGUUUUUGCAAGUAUUUUUCCAAUUGCUGUUGAAACAUCUGUAUGGACUCUGAUAAACCACAUCUUCAGGCAGGGAAUUCCACAUCCUUAUAGUUUUUACUGUAAAAAAAAACAUUUUCUUUCCCUAAGAUUAAAUCUCCUUUCCUCCAGCCUAAAUGCCUGACCUUGAGUCCUAUGUAUAGCCCUGUUUAUGAAUAGAUAUCCAGAUAAUGGUUUGUACUGGUCCCGAAUAUAUUUGUAUAAUGUUAUUAUAUCCUCUCUGAGAGAUUUAAAUUGUUUAACCUUUCUUCAUAACUAAAAUGCUCCAUUCCUUUUAUCAAUUUUGUAGCUUGUCUCUGCACUUUUUCUAGUGCCAUGAUAGAACCUUCUUUAGAACAGGUGCCCAAAAUUGCACAGCACAUUCAAGGUGUGAUCUUACCAGCGAUUUAUAAAAAAGGAAAAUUAAUCUUACAAUGAACUCAAUUCAAUCAUGCCACACACUCCUGGUUCCAAUGUCUGUCAAUGUCACUUUUCAUAAACACUGACUCAUACAAACACAUUCAUUGACACACACUCAUUGGCACACAAAAACUGCCACAUACACAUAUACAGAUUCACACACAAAGGCACACACUCACAGUCAGAGGUGUAACUAGGAAUCACAGGUCCCCAGUGCAAGAAUCACAGAAGGGCUCUCACUGACACACAUACAUUGACAUACACUCAUUGACACACACAGUAAUUGUUACCAGUGUUUAACCAAUACACAUUUUUAGUCACAGAAACACACUCACUUACUGACAGCACACUCACCUACUGACAGACAAACACACUCAUUGACAGACACACCACACUCACUUACUGAUAGACACACACAAACUCUCACUUAUUUGACACUCAUUGACAGAAACAAACACUCACUAACAAACACACUCAUUGAUCUGACAACACUGACAGACACACUUUAACUGAAAGACACACACUCUAUUGAAAAAUACAGUCACUGAACCACACAUACUCACACUGACAGACACACAGUAACUGACAGACACAAACUCUCACUGAGAAACACACUCACUGACAGACACAUAUUCUCACUGAUUUGACACACACUGACAAACACACACACUAACUGACAGACAGACAGACACUCAUUCAUUUACUUAUUGACAGACACACACUCUAAUUUGAAACAGACACACUCACACUCACGGUGACCUAGGUAGUCCGGCCACUGGCUCCUACUAAAUAGAAGUCUGAACAAAAUCUAAUUUGAACCUAAUUAGAUGGUCACAAAACGCUUGACAGCUGAUAUUUGAUUAAAAGUUCAAAUCAAAUGCUUUUAAUGAAUUCUCUCAACACUAACGAGAGUAUGAUCAACUUUUGCCAUUACAGUGGGCUGGCCUUCAAAUAGAUUACCUACACAUCAUGGUCCUUUACAGGCACUUGAGAAAUCCAAUGUAAUUCUCUUUAAAUGCUUGUGUUUACAAUAAAAUAUUAGUCAGCAGACCCAGAAAUACCUGUACCCUGCCCCUUAGCUCACCAAUUUACACAGAUUAGAAUAAAACAUGUCUCUCACUAUGUAAUGGGCAAGCAAUGAAACAAGGUGGGUAAAGAUUAGACCCACAAGCUUUUGUAGAACUGCAACUCUCUUGAAGCUUUGACAUCCUGAUGUGAGCAUCAGAAAGUUGCAGCUUUGCAACAGCUGGGGAGAAGGGGGACCACUUUGUGGCCACCCUGUCCAAACGUAGCCAUUGUAAUGAACACAGUACAGGCAUAAGAGGUAGCUCAGGAUUGCAGUGAAUCAUUGCUGUAUGCACUUAAUGCAGCCCAUAUGCAGGCUACAAAACACUUCUGGCUCUCUAACUUGCAUGGCAUUCUACCCAAAUAAGAAGAGUAAAGAGUAAGAUCAGGCUGUCUGACCCCAGACCCCUGCCUCACUGUCCAUUAGACAGAGGUUUUCUAAUUAAUCUAUAGGGACACCAGGUAUGUUCACAGUAAAACACUGAAAUAACUCCAUAGAAGGGUACUUUUAAGGUUCCCACAUUCUGAUAUAUGCCUUGUCCUCAUACCAUGACGAUCUGCCCAGAGUGGGGGGAGACUUACGUGAAUUAAGUCACUUAGAUGUGGAGUGAUCAGUUAUUGCCAGCCCUGUCCCUCUGCCUGCACUGCAAGUCUUCCUAGUCUGACUUUCCCUGCUGUCAGUGCCCUCUGGCUGCAGGACUAUCACACAACGUAUCAGUAUGGUCCCAGGGUGGCCAGGCCUCAUGGAGUGAAGGGCCUGGUCACAGUUGCAACCCCUGCAACCUCAAUAGUUCCGCCAGUGCUCACAGUACAGACGCUGACCUACAAACACAUAUACUGACACAUAUGCACACACUUACAGUACAGACACUGACCUAAAUACACAGAUAUUGACCCAUACACACUGACAUACACAAUCACUGACACUGACAUAUGCAAACACAGAUACUUUUCCAUACACACACAUCCAUAAACAGUUCACACACAGUACAGACACUGACCUAUACACACACUCACACACACACACAGUACAAACAUUGACCCCUACACACACCUACACAUACUGACACAAACUGAUAAAUAUACACUAACAAAUGCACACACAUACACUAACAUACAGACACUGACCCAUUCACACACUCACUCACACAGAUGCACAAACUUACACACAUUCACUGACCAAUACACCUAGACAUUCAUAUACUGACACACAAUAAAUAUCCUGUACAUACAUAUAUAUUAUAUAAUAUAUACACUGUGUUAUAUGUUUAUAUGCUAGGUAUGCAUCUUGUGCCUUAAAUAAAUGUUAUGCUAAUAUUUUAUCUUUUUUUUUACUUGCUAUUUGCAUAACAUGUACUAAUCCAUAUUCCAUAUUGCAUCAUUCACAAAGUCUAUUUUAUGAAAUUAUGCCAUUUUAAUUUCAGGUAUCAGCAAGCCUCUAGUGCAUGGAGACAUUGUUAUUAAUACUGGCCGGAGUGUGAAGAAUUGCGUUGAUUGCUUCUGGCCUGUAUCACAGAAUGGAAUGGUCCUUGUUCCUUAUGUUAUAUCCUCAGCAUACAGUAAGUUGUUCACAAUGUUUGUAGGUUUACUAAAAAUAUUUUAAGUUUGGUAACAACAUCUCACUUGUUUCUUAUCUCCUCAGCUGACAUUUACAAAUAUAUUAUUACUGAGUCCAUGAAACAGAUGGAACUCAUGAGCUGUGUGAAGUUUGUUCAGAGAUCAACAGAAUGGGACUAUAUCAGUAUAGAGUCUGGAAGUGGGUGAGUUAAAGUAAAUGGCAGACUGGCCAGAACUCAUUAAUUGAAAUUACAGCCUGGAAACACUGAACAGGGUCAGGUUUGGUUGGCACACUUGGUGGCCUGGACUACAAAUUCCAUGAUGUUAAUCAAUUCAUCAAGUAUGUCCUGGUCAACAUCAUGGGAGAUCUAUGUGUGAAGAGUGUGUUCUUUUUUCAUUUUACAAAAAGUGCAGAUUUCAAUAGAAAUUGACCUUAUUCAAUAGAAAUGGACAUAUAAGAGCUUACACCUCUUUGGCUCUCAUUUAGACAACCAGUCCUGUUACUUCCUAGUUGUUUAGCUCAGUUGAACUAAACUCACGAUGCAGGCAAUUGCUCAGAGCACCCGUCUUGAAAAAAACUUCUCAUUGAACUGCAUUGGGAAGUCUGUAAUUGGGCAGCCACAGAAAGUCUGGGUGGAGUUAGGACGGGAGUGCUCGCAAAGCUGAAAAUCUAAAAGCAGCUUUUGCAAGCUUAAUUUUUAGAUAUAAGCCCAAUGAAAACAUGCAUAAACUGCAUGUAUGUUUUCAUUGGGGUAUACCUACUAAGCAGUGAUUACUUUGUGUAUUUGGGCAGUGGAGUCUCUAUUUUAAACCCAUAACUAAUUUAUUUACACAAUUUCUUAGGUGCUCUUCAGGUGUAGCAAGGCAAGGUGGCAAACAGACAAUCAGCCUGUCAAUGUCAAGCUGCAUGGCUACUGGAUCAAUCCAACAUGAACUGAUGCACUCACUGGGAUUUUACCAUGAGCAGAGCAGGACUGACAGAGAUAACUAUGUUGAAAUCAGGUGGCAGUAUAUCACAGAAGGUGAGUAUUUCACGAGUAUAUGCAAAAUCAAAGACCAGGACCAAUCAAACCAUAGAUUUUUUAUAAAUUAGAUGACUAGUGAAGGGAUGUUGGCUGACAAAUCUAUUUAAUAGUCUAUAAACUACAUCGGUCAAUACUAUCCUUGUAAGAUGAAUAAUAACUGUUAUAAUUUUUUUUUUUUUUUCAGGUAAACAGGGCAACUUUAUUAUUGAGAAUGCAAACAACAUGAGUCUUCCUUAUGAUUAUGCAUCAGUCAUGCAUUACCAAAAGUGAGUACACUCUAUGAACAUGAUCAACUUUGGCUAUUAUUAUAAUGUUAUUGUCUUUUUUCUUGGCUAAUGAAAAUUGUCCCUCUCUCUACAGUACGGCUUUCACUAACACCCCUGGUCAAGCUACUAUAGUUGCAAAAGGCAACCCUUCUUUACAGUUUGGACAGAGUACUGGAAUGAGCCCCCUGGAUGUGAUCAAACUUAACAAACUCUAUAACUGCAGUAAGCAUUUACCCCAAAUGAGCUGUUUUAAUUUCAAAACCAUUGUUCAUGUAAUACCUUAUCUUAUAAUUGUCCAAAAUUCUGUAUUCAAAUUUAAAAAACAACCUUUCUGCCACCUUAGAUGUCUGCCGGACAAAACUAACAAAUCUAUCAGGGUCUUUCUCAAGUGAUGAUGUCUCAUUUGGACAAGAUGGGAGUUGCAUCUGGUUCAUUCAGACUACGGGUUUUAAACUGGUUGGUAUAAAACUAAUGGUAUCAAACACAAUGUCUUCUUUACAAGUAUUGUUAUUGGAUUACCAUUACAUAGUUCUGUAUUAUGAUGGGCAUUUACACUCUUUUCAGAAUAAAGUUGCUGUCAAGAUAAUUUAAUAUAUAUAUAUAUAUAUAUAUAUAUAUAUUUAAAAUGCUCAUAACAGAAGUCGCCAUGAAAUAAAAAUCCUCCUAACAUAGCUACAUAGCACAUUGUGAAUCCUGAUUAUAUAUAAUAGUCUGGUUUAUUGUAUUAUUGAACUUUACAAACCCAUUGUAGAUUGUAAUCUUGACCUAUUCACACCUCUCAAAUUGCUUUUUUCUGUACCCAGGUUCAUCUUCAGCUCAGUGACGUUAAAAUCCCUACUUCAGCUGGAUGCUCUGACAGCUAUAUAAAGGUCUAUAAUGGGAACAGUAAAUCUUCUAGUGUUCUCCUGGACAAGACUUGUGGAGAUAUAAUAAUCCCACCACUUAUUUCUAUUGGGAAUAGCAUGCUAAUAGAAUUUGUGAGCAAUCAGGCACCAGCUCUUAGCAAAUUUAGAGCUGUCUAUAAGACAGGUAAGUUCCAUCUUUAUUAACACAAAUAUAGCACAACAAAAGCUAGAAUGGAACCCAUUUAUGAUAAUGUAUGAUAUCUUUAACAUUAUUAACUUGUGUAAACCGGUAAAAAUCACUUUUUAGAUACUACUAUAUAUCUAAUUUAGUAAACAUUAUAAUUAAUCACAUGUAUAGAUCUUACAUUAUUUUAUGAAUGAAGGUUUCAGUUAAAUGUUGAAUUUGACCAAGAAUAAAAGGUGAUCUUCUAUCAUGGUGACAUCUGUAAGAGAUACCAUUAUCAGUAGUGUGCAAGCAGUGGUUGGUGGCGGUGUGACAGGUAGAAGGGAGUGCAUAGAACACCCUCGUCUUGCCUGCCAUUAUUUGUAGCAUGGCCGUAUGGGACCCAGUUAGAGGAUUUCUAGCAGGGAUGGUACUCUCUUACAGGCAGUGGAGUGGAGUUAGGCAUCCACUGCCUGAUAAAAGCUACUCACAGAGGGGAAGCAGAAAGGAGUCCCAGCACUAGAUACCAUAGAUUGUACUUCCAACCCUCCCCCACCCUUCCAGGUGCCUAUACAUGUAAGGAGCAGGAGAGGGAGACUUGGUGAAUGUGUGUCUAUGACUGUAUAUGAUUGUGGGUGACUGUGUGUAUAACUGUUUCUUUAAAUCUGUGUAUGUGAUAUCGUAUGGGUGUGUUGUAAUGGUGUAUGAUUCUUGGUGGGGGAAUUCCUAAUCCGAUCGGGGCACUUUCCGUACAUGCUCAUUAGCCCCCCUCCCCUCCACCUCCCUCCGCCGGGUAAUGUCGGUGAAGGAGUAUCGGAGGCAAAGCCAGAACCAGUACCAAGCAACAUCUGAGCUGGCAUCAGGUAAGUGAUAAAGGGAUUUUGAAACCCCUUCAGCACCAGGGGGGGGGGUGCAUGGGGAAUUGGGGCACUAAUGAGAGCUAUAGUGCUAGGAAAACAACUUUGUUUUCCUAACACUUUAGUUUCUCUUUAAUUCCAUCUUCCAGAGAAAAUAAUGCUGCAUAUGCAUACCAGGACAGACACUACACCCACUUUGAAACUGCCAAAUGGAAUAUUGUGCUUUAUUAAAUUGUCUUUUUUAUCCUACAGUUUCUUAUGGAGGAACUUCAGUCAAGAGCAGUGGAAGAGUCAUGUCUCCAGAAUAUCGCAUGGGAUAUCCUAACAAUGUAGAUGCUGAAUGGUCCAUCAUAGCUCCACCACAGUCUAAAGUAAGAUCAAACACAGUAAAAUAUUGUAUCAGUACAAAUUAGAAUGAGGUAAAAUAUGUUCUGUAGAAAUCAAAAAUAUAGAAUACUUAUAAAGCAAGUCUUAUUUAUUUUGUCAUACAUAGUUUUAUAAAAACAAAUAUUCAAAAAGUGGAAAAUAGUACUAAUAGUAUAAUAUUCUAUUAUGUCAAUGAAGGCACUUAAGAAUGAUCUCAUUAACUUAGGAUGGGUCAUUUCUUCUAGGUACAUCUUCAAUUCUUUGAUUUCCGGCUGCCAGAUUGCUCUGAUUGUUCCUGUGACUCUCUGACUAUAAUUGAUGGAGCCAGCACCACUUCUCCAAUCCUCGGCAAAUACUGCUAUAUUAACGUACCUAACUCUUUGACAUCUUCUGGAAAUGUGAUGAUAUUGAAGUUUCACAGUGAUGAUAGCCAGACAUUUGAGGGUGGUUUCUAUAUUUCAUAUAACUUUGGUAAGUGCCAGAAUUUAAAUAUCGGUUACAAAAAUGCAGCACAGCAGUGAGUGAGGUCUUCAUAAUGAGCCUUUGAAUUAUUCCUUGCAGUAUAUUAAUCUCUUAAAUAGAAAUUUCUAAAUAUUUUUCAAUUUUUUUUCAUUAUUAUCCUAGUUUUGGAUAGGCAGCUAUAUAUUUUAUAUUAUUUAUGUUUGCACAGAUGUGUUUCUCCCCUCUCUAUUAAGAUGGGCAAAUGUAUUGUCAUUUACUAUAAAACAUAGACUGUUGUCAGUGGUUUGCAAUAGUUAACUGGUUGAAGUCAGAAAAAAAAAAAAUACUUUUGCUAUUAAGUAGACUUGAGCAUGGUGAGAAUUUUCAAUUUACACCCAAAAUUCAGUUGAUGUCAUUUCGGCCAAAUGUUGAUUUGGGAACCGAAUCAGAAAAAUAAACCAAAAACGUGUGAAAAUGGACCAAUUAUUGUCCUACAACAUUUUCCCACAAUUCAGUUCACAUAUCUGAGAAAAAUCAACAUGUAGAGGGAAAAACAAGAGAAGCAGUAAAAAUAAAUCUAUAUUUAUAUAUUUUUUCAAAUAUUGUAUAUCUAUUCAAUAUAAAAUAUAUAAGUAAUUAAACAUAGUUCUGUUUUUCUCCCGCACUUCCUAUUUUCCAUCUAUUACUCACUUCUUAUUUGAUCUGUAAAUAAAAUCAACAUUAAUGAGACCAAUCAAAUAUUUUCCAAUAAAUCAUCAAUUUUUUUUGGAGCUACAAGCGAAUUCAGACUAUUGACCACCCCCCAAAACAUGUUCGGCAUUGCGCAUUUCGGUUAGUCUGUAACUAGGAAUUUGGGAAUUCUGACGAAUUCUGGUGCUAAGUGCCUCUAGAUCAUGGGCCACAACAUCUAAAGUGCUGAAGCAUAUCUACCACUGCUUUAGAUCAUGUUCUUUCUAAUGUCUCAUGGCAGCUCUAACCUUCUCUGUUUUGCAGUGUGACGGGCAACUGAUAUAGAAAAUGGAGAGAGAAGAUAUUGAGACCAUCAUGAAAUCUUUAUAAAUAAAAUGCUUAUAAAUGCAAGACAAAUAUCCAUAUGUACAUUUUGAAGUGUUAUCCAUGCAGUAAAUACAAAUGAUAAUAAAUUAUACAACUAGGAAUUUUUUUUGUAGUUUUUUUGCUUAUUUUUCAACUUUGCCCCAGGAAGGAAAGACGAGUAGUUUUUGAAACAGGGGUAAAUUAGUUGUCAUUUUCUAACUGAAACCACCCACAUUAUCACCCAGUUGUAUUUUCUUAAUCUUAAAAUGGAUACAGAUAUUGAAUUAACUAAUAGAGUACAAUAACGUAAUGCAAUCUGACAUAGCUAAUAGAGUACAAUAACGUAAUGCAGUUUGACAUAUCUAUUUUUAUUAAAUUUUUUAUUUAGUUCACUGCUCAUGAACAAAGCCCUUAGAACAGGCUACUAGCAAUUUUUUAUUCUCUGUUGCCAAUGAAUAUGAAGCCUUCCCUACAUGGAUACCUCUGUCUUUUCUCUGUGAUUUUUGAUCGUUCCCUUUGUUUUUCUUGAAUAACCCUAACCUCAAAUGUCCAUAGAUACACCUCCCUAUUCCUUAGCUUUAUUGCAGGCCCAUCUGCUCUAAUAUUGCUCUCUCUCCUAGUCUGAAUUAAAAAGUUAUAUAGCCCCAGACCUGUGAUGUAAUCUUCAAUCCUGUCUAAAUAAACUCAAGAACCUACCAUGGCACAGAUUAAGUCUAAUCCCAGAUCUUGACUCUGCAAUUGAAUAUUUUCAUUUAUCAUGCCCCGCUGCGUAAAGUGCAAAUAAAAGGGACACAUCUGCCGUGGGUUACAGCUGUGUAUAUAUACAAAAUUUAGGGUUCUUGCAGAUAGACCUAUAGAAAAAAUUAUGAUAACAUUGUGCAAUAUUGUCUAAUACACUCACAGGUAAAGCUGUUUUAAAUGCCUUAAAGGUGUCACCCUCAGUUGUAAUAGAGGCUUAAAAUCCUCCCUCGUACUCCUCUCUGGACUGGUCAUUUUAGUCACCACAAACGAUUAACCAGAUAAUUCUUCUAUAAAAGGUAUUUUUAUGGUAUAAAAAUAAAAUAUUUGGGGGGGCGUGGCUUGGUGUCAAACAAGAAUGGCGGCUUGAUUUCAAAGCUCUAAGCUCUGCUGCUUAAAUCAGCUUCAUCCUGCAACUAAUACACCCUCAUGGGUCACACACAGCGCUUACACAUGACCCCCUCAGCACCCAGGACACAAACAAACACCAGGGAUCCUCGCAUCACAACACAAGGCCUCACAUAUGGCACCAUCUUCCCCAGGCUCCUUCGUCUCGGAAGACAGUCAGCAAACAGAUGUCGGCGCACGGGACAGAGCUUCCCCAGACUGAUAUGCACUUUUUGCGUCGCUCUCCAAACGAUAGUGCAGGAGGUAAAAUCUACUCGCUCUGCACCUCACUGACAAAUCUUGAAGGGAGGGUAAAGGCCCUAGAGGCAGCAGGGCCUGAAACCACGUGUUCCGCACUCCAGACUGUGCACACACAUGCCAGACAACUCACUGACCUGCGGCUCCAUGUUGAAGACCUAGAUAGCAGGAACCGCAGGCACAACAUCAGUGUGAGAGGGCUGCACGAAUCACAAGGCCCAGAAAACCUGUGGGACGCACUGAUCCCACUGUUCAACCUUAUCCUGAACAGAAGCAUGCCUGUAUAUAGACAGAGCACACAAUGCCCUCUGCCCGAAACCACCACCCGAAGCCCCACUGCGUGA